AUGAAUAGAUUACGUUUGUUAUUUAAAACGCUUAAACUUAGCAGAAAUAUACCACUCCGUAGAGCAAAUAAUAAUUUCUUACCAACGGUUGUAACUAUGACUGCAGUCAAAACAAUCAAAGAUUUGGGAUAUGCCUUUAACACUGAAGGACAAUUAAGAAAAAUAAAUGAAAAUGGACAGCCAGGAGAUGAACCAUUUCAGUUUAAUAUAAGUAAUGAUCAUCAAGAAUGUCAGGCGCACUAUGAAGUACUUGGUGAAGCAAUAACAGAGCACAUUUAUUAUCUUCUCGAAACUGAAGUGAAUUUAAAACGAUUGCCAGUUCCUAAAGGCAGUAAAGAGGAAAAUGGUACUUUCAUAUUUGUAUCAGAAGACUAUGACACAAAAGAUGUAGUAUUAGUUUUGAUACAUGGAUCUGGAGCUGUCAGAGCUGGGCAGUGGGCUAGAUCCUUAAUAAUAAAUGAUUGUCUUGAUAAUGGCUCACAAAUACCUUACAUAAAGCAAGCUCAAGCAAAGGGUUAUGGUAUAAUAGUUUUAAAUUCAAAUGACAACUAUAGAGGAGAUAAAAAAAUACCUCAUAGUGGAAGUUCCGAAGAUCACGCAAAAUAUGUUUGGAAAGAAUAUAUUGCAAAUGUAAAAGCAAGUAGCAUUUUAAUUCUUGCUCACAGCUAUGGAGGUGUGCUUACAGUGACAUUGGCUGAUAAAGAAAAGAAAGUAUUUGAAAAGAAAGUUAAAGCAGUGGCUUUAACUGAUUCAGUUCAUGGGUUUUCUGGUGUUAAAAUAUCGAAUUAUUUGAAGAAUGUGUCAAGAAAUUGGAUUUCAAGUACCUCACCAUUAGAUACUCCAAUGAAAACUCCAGAGUUUGAUAUUAAUAGAGUAUCAGCAGGUCAUCCUAAGCACGAGAUGACUUCAUGUAAAUGUAUAGAAUCAGUCUUUAAGUUCUUCGAAGAGAAGUUGAAAGAA